AUGAGCGCUUCAAGGUUCAUAAAGUGUGUUACAGUCGGUGACGGCGCUGUCGGAAAAACCUGCUUGUUGAUUUCCUACACCAGCAAUACAUUUCCCACGGACUACGUGCCCACCGUUUUUGACAAUUUCAGUGCUAAUGUUGUUGUGGAUGGAAGCACCGUAAACCUGGGAUUAUGGGAUACUGCUGGUCAGGAAGAUUAUAAUAGACUAAGACCCUUGAGCUACCGAGGAGCUGAUGUCUUUAUCCUUGCGUUUUCUCUCAUAAGCAAGGCUAGCUAUGAAAAUAUUGCAAAGAAGUGGAUCCCUGAACUAAGGCAUUAUGCCCCUGGUGUUCCAAUAAUUCUUGUUGGAACGAAGUUAGAUCUUCGAGAAGACAAGGAUUAUUUUAUGGACCACCCUGGUACAAUACCAAUUACUACAGCACAGGGAGAAGAAUUGAGAAAGCUGAUUGGUGCCCCUGCCUACAUCGAGUGUAGCUCAAAAACGCAGCAGAAUGUGAAAGCUGUCUUUGAUGCUGCCAUCAAAGUGGUUCUUCAACCACCAAAGCAAAAGAAAAAGAAGAGGAAGGCACAUAAGGCCUGCUCAAUAUUGUGAUUAAGAAUCAGAAAUUAGUAGGAGGUAGUGACUGUCCGGCCAACCUUUAUUGCUGCCUCCCUAUCAGUUUGCCUUGUUUUGUUUCCUAUUCUCUGUAGCGAGCAGGAAGCUGUGUACAGUUUGCACUGACAUCAUAGGGCCUUAAAAUCACAAGAUUUCACACUCUGUAACUACAAUUAGCUUAAUUAUAUAUUUCCUGUGCUUAAUUAUAUAUUCCCUGUGCCAACCUAUUUCCUUCCAUUAUUAUAUGUUAGCAGCCUGAGGGAAAUACUGCUUGCUUUGUGAAUGCGGUCAUAUUCAUGGCCUUCAUUUCUAUGAAUUUUAUUUAUGGUUUUGGACUUUUGGCCAAUUCA